AUGUUUAGCAGAAAUUUGGCCAGAUCCAUUCAGCGAUCAAAAUUCUACAGCCAGUCAAGACCAUUCUCGAUUACCGACUGGUUUAAAUCAUGGAAGGACGCCGCACAAACGCAACGAUUAAUCUAUCCUCCGCCAGCGUCUCAAUUCACCACCCAGAAUAGGAUUAUUGAUGUUUGGGUUUCGGAGAAACAGGAUAUUUAUAAUUACAUAAACGUUAAGCCACCUUUAUUGCUCAACUUUACUUUUGCUACACCUAGGGAUAACAAAGUGACACAAGCCUUAUUUGAUGUCCUUUCUGACAAGUCGAAAUACCCACUGGGGAAAGAGCCGGUGUAUUUGGUAAAUAUUUUGGCAGAUUCGGAAGGCGGCAGGGAAUUGAUGAUGGACUAUGUUGUGGGGGGUAAGUUGCCCUGUGUGUUGGUAUUGAAGCAUCAAUUGCCGGUGGGAAAAUAUGUUCCAGAUGUGGAUAAUUUCAGUGAGCAGGACAUUGUUGAAUUUUUGAAAGGAGUAUGA